AUGGCGUUUCAUUCAGAGGAGGAACAAAUUGAGGAUUACCUUUUCAAGAUUGUUUUGAUUAGCGAUUCAGCUGUUGAAUUUCAGUCCCAGAAGAUGGAAAUCAAUGGGAAGGAAGUUAAGGCACAGAUAUGGGACACGGCCGGUCAGGAACGGUUUAGAGCUGUUACCUCUGCAUAUUACAGAGGUGCAGUUGGAGCGCUUCUGGUUUAUGACAUCAGUAGACGCCAGACAUUUGACAGCAUUGGUAGAUGGCUUAAUGAACUACACGCUCACUCCGACAUGAAUGUAGUGACGAUACUAGUAGGAAAUAAAUCUGAUCUCAAAGAUGCUCGAGAAGUUACAACUGCUGAAGGCAAAGAUUUGGCCGAGGCACAGGUUGCGCUUCCGCUUCAGCCUCAACUAUUGCUCCUUUCUUCAACGAUUAAUUCCAUCUCCUCAAAUUACUUCCUAUUAUCAUUUUCUUAUCUUCUCUCUUCGAGUUCGGGGUUAUCCUAA